AACUUCUUAGAUUGUUCAAUCACUGGACUCACUAAUCCCCUGGUGAUUCAUAUUCUGUUGCCAUUCAUUACUUGGACAGUAGCAAUUGAGAUUUCUCACUUUUUGUCUUUGACUACACUGCAGUGUUCAUUCAGUUCUUCAAGUCUUCUUUAAGCUUUGAAGAAAUUAAUACAGCUUUUGGCAUUGGAGAUUUCAGAAAGCUGCGUGAUCUGUAUCUAAAAAACUGACAAGUUCUAUGUUGUGGUGGGAGAUUCGGAUGAGAUGAGGGAUGCUAUCUGGGUUGAUGAAUUUUCUGAAUGCCUGUCUCUGGCCACGGUCAGAUCACCAGGCACGUUCAGCCUCAGACUCUGGCGGCCGCCAAGAGGGUUUGCUCUGGUAUAGAGACUCCGGUCAGCACGUCUUUGGUGACUUCUCCAUGGCCGUCGUUCAAGCCAACAGCUUGCUCGAGGACCAGAGCCAGCUCGAGUCUGGCUCUCUUAGCUCCCACGACUCUGGUCCCUGUGGCACCUUUGUUGGCGUCUACGACGGCCACGGUGGCCCUGAGACAUCUCGCUUCAUCAAUGAUCAUAUGUUCCACCACCUCAAGAGGUUUACUGCAGAGCAACAGUGUAUGUCAUCAGAGGUGAUUAAAAAAGCGUUCCAAGCGACUGAAGAAGGGUUCUUAUCCAUAGUUACAAAUCAAUUUCAAACUAGACCUCAGAUAGCCACUGUGGGGUCAUGCUGUCUUGUAAGUGUCAUCUGCGAUGGGAAGCUCUACGUGGCCAACGCAGGGGACUCACGGGCUGUGCUGGGACAAGUCAUGAGGGUAACCGGUGAAGCUCAUGCCACUCAGCUCUCAGCCGAGCACAACGCAUCUAUUGAGUCAGUGAGACGGGAACUUCAAGCCCUGCAUCCGGAUCAUCCGGAUAUUGUGGUUCUGAAACAUAACGUCUGGCGAGUAAAAGGCAUCAUUCAGGUUUCAAGAUCCAUUGGUGAUGUGUAUUUGAAACGGUCAGAGUUCAACAGGGAACCGCUGUAUGCAAAAUUCAGGCUCAGGUCACCGUUCAGCAAACCAUUACUGAGUGCAGAGCCGGCGAUCACGGUGCAUACGCUGGAGCCGCACGAUCAGUUCAUUAUAUGUGCUUCAGAUGGACUGUGGGAACAUAUGAGUAACCAAGAAGCAGUAGACAUCGUCCAGAAUCAUCCGCGAAACGGGAUUGCAAAGCGGCUGGUGAAAGUAGCGCUACAAGAAGCGGCAAAGAAGAGAGAGAUGAGAUACUCAGACCUGAAAAAGAUAGACAGAGGAGUGAGGAGACAUUUCCACGAUGACAUAACAGUGAUUGUUGUCUUCUUUGAUACAAACCUAGUGAGCAGAGGAAGCUUGUUGAGAGGACCGGCGGUGUCAGUGAGAGGAGCGGAUCUUAAAAUGGGUGCUGCUGAAAACAACCUUGAAAUGGAGGAGGGUACCCUGGAGAUCGGCAUGGAGUAUAGAACUGUCUCUGGUGUUGCCGGCCCUCUCGUCAUCCUUGAAAAAGUCAAGGGCCCUAAAUACCAAGAAAUUGUCAAUAUCCGCCUUGGGGAUGGAACUACCCGACGUGGUCAAGUUCUCGAAGUUGAUGGAGAGAAAGCUGUUGUUCAGGUAUUUGAGGGAACAUCUGGAAUUGACAACAAGUACACAACUGUGCAAUUUACAGGAGAGGUUUUGAAAACUCCUGUUUCUUUGGAUAUGCUUGGUCGCAUCUUCAAUGGUUCAGGGAAGCCCAUUGACAAUGGUCCACCUAUAUUGCCUGAGGCGUACUUGGAUAUUUCUGGAAGUUCUAUCAAUCCCAGUGAGAGAACCUAUCCUGAAGAGAUGAUUCAGACCGGGAUAUCCACCAUUGAUGUCAUGAACUCUAUCGCUAGAGGACAGAAGAUUCCCCUCUUUUCUGCUGCAGGUCUUCCCCACAAUGAAAUUGCUGCUCAGAUUUGCCGUCAGGCUGGUUUGGUUAAGCGUUUAGAGAAGUCGGAUAAUCUUCUCGAGCACCAAGAGGAUGAUAACUUCGCCAUUGUGUUCGCAGCAAUGGGUGUGAACAUGGAGACUGCGCAAUUUUUUAAACGUGAUUUCGAGGAGAAUGGGUCGAUGGAGAGAGUGACUCUUUUCCUUAACUUGGCAAGUCUCACAGCAAACGACCCCACUAUUGAGCGUAUCAUCACUCCUCGUAUUGCUCUUACAACGGCUGAGUACUUGGCAUAUGAAUGUGGCAAGCAUGUCCUUGUCAUUCUCACAGACAUGAGUUCCUACGCUGAUGCUCUUCGUGAGGUCUCUGCUGCCCGUGAAGAAGUGCCUGGAAGGCGUGGUUACCCAGGUUACAUGUACACCGACUUGGCUACCAUAUACGAGAGAGCGGGGCGAAUUGAGGGGAGGAAAGGUUCCAUCACUCAAAUUCCCAUUUUAACCAUGCCAAACGAUGAUAUCACACAUCCCACACCGGAUCUGACAGGAUACAUUACAGAGGGCCAAAUCUAUAUUGACCGACAACUUCACAAUAGACAGAUAUACCCUCCGAUCAAUGUCUUGCCAUCUCUGUCUCGUCUCAUGAAGAGUGCCAUUGGUGAGGGUAUGACUCGCAGGGACCACUCUGAUGUUUCUAAUCAAUUGUAUGCCAACUACGCUAUUGGAAAGGAUGUCCAGGCCAUGAAAGCCGUGGUUGGAGAAGAAGCUCUUUCUUCCGAGGAUCUGCUAUAUCUGGAGUUCUUGGACAAGUUCGAGAGGAAGUUUGUGGCUCAGGGAGCUUACGAUACCCGGAAUAUCUUCCAGUCACUCGACCUGGCAUGGACACUCCUGCGAAUCUUCCCCCGUGAGUUGCUUCACCGUAUACCCGCGAAAACCCUUGAUCAGUUUUACAGCCGCGACACCACCAACUGAAAGACAUAGUUUCUACUGCGUUGGUGUGAUGAUAUGUCCAAAUGCAUCUUUGUUUUUUACUUCUGCGGUUGGUUCGCACCUCUGUGUCUUCCGUCCCAAUAAAUGGUGUUUGUUCCCAAUCGCUAGACCCUUUAUUAUUGUCUUCGAAACUGAGCAAGCCAGGUUGGUUAUUCUUUUUGAAAGAGAGAAUGAGAUUCUUGUGUAAUUUAUGAGAUUUUUAUUUUCUUUUAGGACCAAAUUACUGGUUCAGAACAAUAUACAUUUGUUUGUCUU